UCUACGUUCAUUUGUAAAAUGAAAGUAGAAAUAUAUGUACAAAUGUAAACUUCUGUAUGUGUACAUAUUUAUGUACAUACACAUGUAUAUAUUAUAGAAUAUGUAUAACCGUUCUACGCCAACUCGAAAACCAACGAAAGUUCAGUCAGUCACAUUUUCGAGUUCUAACCAUUCAGAUCUCUUUGGCGAAACACCCGCAUAAUUAAAAACUUCGAAAAUUACACAGUCUAUAUUUGAAACAUCAAAUUAGCAAUACUUUAAUGAAAUUACAAAAGGGGUUUAGAAUUGUUGGGCAUAAUGAGCGGUGUAGUGGUUAUUUUUAGCAAUAUUUUAAUAGAAUUGUAUGUGUAAACGCAUACAUACCUAGUAUAUUUGAAUUUCGUCGCAUAUGUGCAGUUAUAGUAUGAACAAGCUGAUGAAAACACAGUGCGAAGUACAGAAGUGACGCAUGAACUCGUAAAAAUAUUUAAGUAACAUGCAUAUAUAUAUACACCAAUAAAAAGAAAAACAGUAAACAAAUAUGUAUCUAGUUGCUCAACUGAUUGUUUGUCGCUAUCAAUAGUAUCAGCCAGUUCUGUGCACAUUUACCGCUUCAAGAAAAUUAAUUCACAUUCCAAUUAUAUGCGAAAUCGCUAUUGGAAACGGGUCGCACGUGAAUAUCUACCAUUGAGCCGAACGUUCUUAGCCGGCCAGCGCACACCCGCCGGGCUACGAGUACAACAUAUAUUUAUAUAUAUAUAUAUAUAUAUAUAUGUAUGUAUAUAUGAAUUUCAAAUGCCGGCAGCAUAUACAGAUAAACGAGUAAGCGAACGUGUUUAUGAAUAAGCAUGAGUUUGCAUCGGUACAUACCGAAAAUAAGGUGAUUCGUCUGCGUAGCGUCUCACGCUCAACAGUUCGCCAGUGACGUGGUUGUUGCGCCACUUUCCGGAGAGUGUAAUACCUACAAUAAUUUGUGAGUGCUGAGAGCUUUACGCAAUACAAAUCGCAAAGAGCACAGGUAGCGGUUUUUAUAAGUUUAUACCUUUAACCAAUAAGACGAAAUCUCGCUAGCAGAUAUUCAAACUAAACAUUAAAGCCAGUAUACGCAAAUCAACAGCAGCCGCUUUUGCACAUAAACAGUUGCAAAAAUGGGUUACGAUGAGGUGCUUGUGCCCUUGGGAGAUUUCGGCAAAUAUCAACGUCUUAUAUUUUUUUUACUCUGUCUUACAGCUAUUUCUUGUGCCUUUCAUAAAAUGUCGCGUACAUUUAUUUUUGCCAAACCGAACUUCCGUUGCCAACUUCCUUUUGAGCACCAGGCAAAUGACACUCAUCUUAACGACAGCAAAGCAAACGAUUUCGAAUUGCCGGCUCACCUGUGGCGCUUAGCGUAUCCAGCAGAUACAGCUGAUCCGAAUAUAGGACGUUAUGAGGCUUGUAGCUACUUUAAUAUUGAAGAUAAAUACUAUCAGUUGUUGGGUAGUAGUGUGCUGGCGUAUAAUGACAGCAACUCGCUACUGCAUCAAAAUAUUACAUUGAGUAAUGAAACGGUGCCUUGUAACGGCUACAUUUAUGAUCGGUCCAAAAUUACAAACAGCGCCGUCACAGAAUGGAAUAUGAUUUGUGAUCACAGUUUCUUGGUAGCCACUAGUGAUGCGAUAUUUAUGUUUGGCGUUUUAGUUGGUAGUAUCGGUUUCGGACAAUUGUCGGAUAAGUGUGGCCGAAAGCCGGUCUUCUUUGUAUCGCUGCUGAUUCAAGUGUCGUUUGGCAUACUGGCCGGUAUUGCACCAGACUAUCUUACCUAUAUAAUUGUACGCUUCAUAAUUGGCGCCACAACUUCGGGAGUGUUCCUCGUUGCUUAUGUCAUUGCUAUGGAGAUGGUGGGUCCAAAGAAACGUUUAUAUGCCGGCAUAUUCUUGAUGAUGUUCUUCUCCGUUGGUUUCAUGCUUACAGCGGUAUUCGCCUACUUUAUAAACGAAUGGCGCACACUACAAAUAGCAAUUUCAUUACCGGGUCUUUUAUUUAUCGGCUAUUAUUGGAUAAUACCAGAGUCUGCUCGUUGGCUGAUUUCGAAUAACCGUAAAGAGGCCGCGAUCGCCAAUAUUCAAAAAGCCGCUCGUUUCAACAAAGUACACUUAGACGCGGCUGAAAUUAAUCGAUUACUAAGCGAUGAGGAAAACGUAGAAAAAUUGAAAACCAAGGAAACACAAGAGGAAACUGCUACGACUACUAACAGAGCAGUAUCCGUUUUUGAUUUACUACGCUAUCCGAAUUUACGUCGAAAAACGUUGUUAAUUUUUUUCGAUUGGUUUGUGAAUAGUGGUACUUAUUAUGGACUUUCGUGGAACACAAACGCUUUGGGUAACAAUAUACUGUUGAAUUUUGUUAUUUCCGGCGCGGUUGAAAUUCCAGCAUUCACCUUUUUGCUUUUUACACUCAAUCGGUGGGGACGACGCACCAUACUCUGCGGCUGUAUGUUGGUAGCCGGAUUCGCGCUGCUGCUCACCAUUGCCGUGCCGAAAGAAUGGAAUUGGCUGAUAAUUGUACUGGCAAUGAUUGGUAAACUCGCUAUCACCGCUUCUUAUGGCACAGUUUACAUCUUCUCAGCUGAGCAAUUCCCCACGGUAGUGAGAAAUGUGGGUUUGGGCGCGUCUUCGAUGAUGGCACGCAUUGGCGGAAUUUUAGCGCCCUUCAUCAAUAUGCUGAGCAAUGUAUGGCGUCCAUUACCGCUAAUCCUUUUCGGAAGCGCUGCAUUCAUCGGUGGACUACUGUCGUUGCUGCUGCCUGAGACACACAAUAAGCCGACGCUGGAGACCAUAGAGGAAGGUGAACAUUUUGGUAGAAGGGUAAAUACGAAGAUUGAGCGAUCUAAUAAAGACAUAUUUAUUGUGGAUAACAUGGAAAAUGUGCCUUUGAACAGUAAUGGUAAUCAUCCUGACAAAAUACCAAUAAAAAAUUUGACUAGUUGAAAAGUUAAGGAUAUACUUGUAUACUCAAAUUUUAGUUUAAAAAAUUUGAUUUCAUUUUGCGCCCAGCUGUGCAGAUAUGUAGAAACCCAAGAGCUUAUAAUAACAUUCUCGUAAACCUUUCGAUUUAAUCUAAAUAUAUAUUAUUUUCAUAUAUUAAUUUGGAAAAAAAAAGUUUCAACUUUUAUACAUUGUGUUCCGGCUAUUUAAAUUAUAUAACCAAACUUUUGGGAACUUCAACCAAAUAUGUUAUACGAUGUAUAUGUAUGUAUAUAUUAAUUUAGACUAUCGUACUAGUUAUCAUAAUUUUCACAUUUAUCAAAAAGUAUUUAAAGUAUUUAACUGCUUUCAAGAAUUACCCUGCUGUAUAACUCAACUAUCGUAAUUUUGCAUUUACUUGCAGUACACUCUAUCUGCUUAAAUAUUAUCAAAUUGUGAUGAGUUAUAAUUAUGAAUUCUACAAACUAGCAACAAUAAUCUAUAUUAUUUUAUGAAUUGUUAAUUAUAAAUGGACAUUUAUGUAGUGGAUGUACUAAAUAAAUGAAAAUCGAUUAAUAUAUAUAAAUAUAAUUCUUAGAUCUCAAAAA